UGCGCGGGGUAGCAUCUGAUCGGGCGUGGGAGGCAGAGCGACGAGCGUCGAGGGCGCAACGCAAUGGGCCGUGGAGAGAGCGCGGAAGUGAGGCUUGGCAUGCUAGAAGGUCGAAAUUUCGCAGCAUCGACGCGCAGCUCUCCCCUCGCGCUCCUCCGCCGCACCCAAGCCACGACCCCUCCAUGGGCCUCUUCUGAGCAUCACACAUCCGUCCCAUCCAUGUUCAGCAUCUCCCGAGGCUCCCGCUGACACCAUGCCCGCCCUCUCAUGUCCCUCUUUCGCACCCUCGACCGGUCCAGCUGCACCUCCGCGCUCUCCACCAACGCCCACGCCCGCCCGUUCCUCGCCUUCCUAUGGCCCGCCCGCCACACCAGGACGGCCACACGUAGCUUCUCCAAGAGCGCUGUGCACUCGCCGCCCCAAUUGACCAUGGACACCCUCUUUAUUCAGGCGUUGGCGCGGGCGGGCUCGUGUCCAGAGCACGCCAAGCAGAUAUCCAUGUUGCGUCAUGUUCCGUCAAAUUCCUCGACCCCCCACAAAGCCCGCCGCAACAUCACGUGUCAACAGCAGGCGAGACGGGGACUGAGGACAGAGACGAACCACAAGUGGCCAUUGAAGAGGGUGAAGCGGUUUGCCGAGAAGGAGCUCAAGGCGCUGGUCGACUACUACGGCAUAGAGAUUGACACACGGCCUGAGGAAGAGGUGGAAGAUGACGGGUCGCUGGUCUGGAAUGUGGGAGAUGACCACGAGCCCUGGCCGCUCCGCGAUAAAGCAGACGACGUCCACAUAAAACGGCUUGAAGAACUGCUCAAGGAUGAUGAGGCCUCGCAUGACCUGGUCUUCGACACGUACAAGAAGCUGCCGUCGCCUGGCGUCGUCUACCUCGAGCUGCCCACAAUUCGAGCCCUGCUACACCAUCUCUCCGUUGUUGAGCGCGUCUCGUCCACGUCCAUGCAACGCCUUCUGUCCAUACUGGACGACAUGAAGACCGCACACAUACACAUCAUCCGCACCGAAUGGACCUCAGCCAUCUACAUGGCCGGGCGCUUCGUCGGCAAAGUCUCCGCAGACGAAGUCCAGUCAGCCCUGUACAUCUGGCGGGACAUGGAGCAGCGAGCAAAAGUAAAGGGCGGCUACGUGACACUCAACGUGCUCUUCGACGUGGCAGUCAAGGCAGGGAAAUACACACUCGCCGAGACAUUUCUCAAGGAGAUGAAGAUGCGCAAACUCCGGCUCCACCGCCACUUCCGCGUCUCCCUCAUAUACUACUACGGCGUCCUCCAAGACGGCAACGCAGUCAGAAAAGCCUACCAAGACCUCGUCUCCGCCGGCGACAUCGUCGACACAGUCGUCAUGAACGCCGUCAUCGCAGCCCUAAUCCGCGCCGGCGAGCCCUCAGCCGCAGAGCACGUCUUCGAGCGCAUGAAGCGGCUGCACGCCUCCAAAAAGCCCCCUUCCCCCGGCCACAAAUUCUUCACCCGCGACUGGCGCGACCGCCGCCUCCUCGGCCUCCACCUCACACACGAAGUCCGCCGCCUGGAAAAAACAGACCUCGAACAGCGCAAGAAACUCCAGGACUACGCUCCCAUCGCCCCGGACUCGCGCACCUACGCUAUCCUCAUCCGCCACCAGGCCGCUACGGUGGGGGAUAUAGACCGCGUACAUGACCUCCUGCGCGAAAUGAAACUCAACUCCGUCCCCCUGCACGGCACUAUCUUCAUCGUGGCUUUCUACGGCUUCAAUACUUUCGGCGGUAUUCGCUACUCCGCUUGGUCGAGAGAUAAGCUGGAGAAGCUGUGGGCGCAGUACCUCGAGGCGCUGGAAGGGGGGUUGGAGCGCACGUGGUUGAGCAGUAUGGCGAUUAUCGCUGCGCUGAGGGCGUUCGGGAAGUGCACUGAUAAAGAGAGGACGUUGCGCGCUUGGGAGGAGGUUAGGAGGUUGUGGGCGCCGACGGAGGAGGAGCUGGAGAGUGUGUUGAGGGCGUUGAGGGAGUUGGUGCCGCAGCAGGGGUUCUUUACUGAGCUUCCGCCGGGGAGGUGGUAGGGUGUGCGUAUGUGUGUGUGUGUGUUUGUGUGGGGUGUUGGAUGGAAUAUAGACACUUGAAAAGCAGUGAAUUACGAAUUGGAUGU